AUGGUCCCAGGGCAGUUGAUAGAACUGGUGGCUGGAGUUUACGGACUGAUAGAUGGUCCGGCACAUUGGCAAGGCACUUUCAAGGACUACCUCACGAGCAGCCUGCAGUACCGCCAAUCCCGUUUGGAUCCGACUGUGUUCUCCCUGUUUUACGACGACAAGCUUGAGGGCCUGAUCAUCGUUGAGAUUGACAUUUUGUCGUUCGGCUAUGCAGAGCAUGACCGCCGCUUGGGCAUGCUGAGAGAGAGGUUCAAGUUCGGGAAGUUUAAGUACCUCCAGGAGCUCGACGAAGGCACCACCUUUAACGGCAGGCGGAUUAGGCAAGCUCCAGACUGCACUAUCUCCGUGGAUAUGGGCAAGUACGUGGAGGAGCGCAUGGCUCCGAUCUCGAUAGACCGGGGAAGGCGAAGCCAUCCGGACAGCCCGGUCACGGAGGAAGAGAAGCAGAAGGCCCGAGGAGCGAUCGGUUCGAUCGCUUGGGCAGCGAAAGAGGGGAGGCCUGACUUGGCAGCCCCAGCCAGUAUCUUGGCCGCCCGCAUGAAGAACAUGAAGGUCAAGGACAUGGUGGAGAUCAAAAUGCCAAGGUAUUUUCCAGUACCGCCCGAAAGACUUGGAUGGGGCACGGUGACGGAUGCGUCAUGGGCCAACCACGAAGACGGAACUUCUCAAGGAGCAAUUGCCAUCGUGGCCUUCGACAAAAGUCUCCUGGACGGCGAGGUGGGGUUAGGCGAUUUGUUCUGGGCACGCGCUAUCUAUGCCGAGCUCUUGGACCCCAAGUUCGACUUAGCCGAGUUCAGGCAGAGCCUGAAAUCGCAGGCGGAACUGGUUUUGCAGAAGGUGGAUGCCGACAAGACACUACGUGAGUCCCUGUCCGUGGUGGACGCAAAAUCGCUGUACGAUAACUUGAUGAAGGACGGGAACCAACCUCAGGACAAGUUCACCGCCUUGGACGUCGCCAUAGCCCGUGAGAGGAUUGGCGGCCUGGGGGUUCAAGUCAGGUGGGUAGAGCACCAAAGCAUGAUUGUGGACGCCUUAACCAAAUUGGGGGCGAACCCUGACGCACUCUUCGACGUCAUCGAGAAGGGCACCUUCUGA